AUGGCUACAACCAGUUCGUGGAAGACAACUCCAAAAAGGGAUGAGCAGCAACAAAAUAAGCCAAAAUUUGAAUCCUCUAAGAAUGCCAACUUAAAGACCGCCACUACUUCAGGUACAAUCGAGACUUCAAGUUCUAAAACACGUGAUAUUAAAUGUUUUAAAUGUCAGGGGCGCGGACAUAUAGCCAGCCAGUGUGUAAACAAGAGGGUGAUGGUGAUAAAUGCCCAAGGAGAGCUUGAGUCAGAAAAUGAGGAAGAAGUAGAUAAUGAUGAUAUGCCAUCUAUGGAGGAUGCUGACGAUGAGCAAAAUGCUGUAGUUGGAGAUUUAUUGGUUGCAAGGCGAGUUCUCAAUGUGAACAAAGUUUGCAGUGUCAUUAUCGAUGGUGGGAGUUGCACAAAUGUAGCCAGCACUUAUUUGGUGGAGAAAUUGGCUUUAACUACCUUGAAACAUCCACAACCUUACCGGCUUCAGUGGUUGAAUGAAUGUGGGGAAAUCAAGGUGACAAGACAAGUGUUGGUGGCAUUAUCCAUUGGCAAAUAUGAGGAUGAGGUUGAUGGGAACCAAGGGAUUGAACAUCAAAUUGAUUUCAUACCUGGUGCAUCAAUUCCAAACCGACCUGCUUAUAGGAGUAAUCCCGAGGAGACCAAGGAACUUCAGAGGCAAGUAAGUGAAUUAUUGGAGAAGGGGUUUGUGCGUGAAAGUAUGAGUCCUUGUGCGGUUCCGGUGCUGUUAGUUCCCAAGAAGGAUGGAACAUGGAGGAUGAAAGAAAGGUUGUUUGCUAACCUCAAAAAGUGCACCUUUUGCACGGAUAAGCUUGUGUUUCUUGGUUUUGCUGUUAGUAAGAGAGGAAUUGAGGUGGAUGAGGAAAAGGUGAAGGCAAUCCAAGAGUGGUCAACGCCUACAACAGUCAGCCAAGUGAGGAGUUUCCACGGCUUAGCUAGCUUCUAUAGACGGUUUGUGCGUGAUUUUAGUAGCUUAGCCGCCCCUCUUACUGAAGUCAUCAAGAAAAAUGUGCCGUUUAAGUGGGGAAAAGAACAAGAAAAGGAGGAGAAGAAAGUGAAGUUGGCGGUAAUUGAGUUCACUGAUUAUGCUAUUAUUUGGUGGGAUCAAUUAGUGACCAAUAGGAGAAGGAAUUAUGAGAGGCCUAUAGAGACAUGGGGAGAGUUGAAAGCUCUCAUGAGGCGGAGAUUUGUUCCUAGCCAUUACUAUAGAGACCUUUUCCAGAAAUUACAAAAUCUUACACAGGGGUCUAGGAGUGUGGAGGAUUACCAUAAGGAGAUGGAGGUGGCGAUGAUUCGGGCUAAUGUAGAGGAGGACCGAGAGGCCACCAUGGCUAGAUUUUUGAGUGGGUUGAAUAGGGACAUAGCCAAUGUAAUUGAAUUGCAGCAUUAUGUGGAGAUAGAGGACAUGGUGCACAUGGCUAUGAAGGUGGAGAGGCAAUUAAAGAGAAAAGGGACAGCAAGGUACACUACGGUUUCUAGCACUACUUGGAAAUCAAAAUGGGAUAGGAAUGAUCCAGCUGAAGCAAAGAGAAAGACCGAACCACCUAAGGGAAAAGAUGAGGGAACUAGCAACAAACCCAAGGUAGAAUCCCAACCUUCACGGAAUAGAGAUAUCAAAUGUUUUAAGUGUUUGGGUUCAGGGCACAUUGCUUCUCAAUGUCCAAAUAGGAGGGUGAUGAUUAUGCGUGACAAUGGGGAGGUGAUGACUGAGAGUGAGGAUGAUAGUGAUGAGGUGCCCGAGUUGGAUGAUGCUAGUGAUGAUGAUGGAGUGGUAUACCCUGUGACAGGUGAGUCUCUUGUUGCCAGGCGUGCUCUUAAUGCACACAUUAAGGUGGAUGAUGCAGAGCAACAGAGAGAGAACAUUUUCCAUACUAGAUGCCAUGUCAACAAUAAGGUAUGUAGUAUGAUCAUUGAUGGAGGGAGUUGUACUAAUGUGGCUAGCACUACUUUGGUUGAGAAAUUGAAUUUACCAACCUUAAAACACUCUAGACCAUACAAAUUGCAGUGGUUGAAUGAUUGUGGAGAGGUUAGGGUGGAUAAACAAGUGUUAGUUACUUUUUCUAUUGGGAAGUAUCAAGAUGAGGUGCUUUGUGAUGUUGUGCCUAUGCAUGCGGGCCAUAUUUUGUUGGGGAGGCCGUGGCAGUAUGAUAGGAGAGAGUUUGAGGAUGUAUUCCCGGAGGAGAUGCCAAAUGAGUUGCCACCCAUUAGAGGCAUUGAGCACCAGAUUGAUUUUGUGCCCGGGGCUGCUAUUCCAAACCGACCAGCCUAUAGGAGUAAUCCAGAGGAGACAAAGGAGCUUCAGAGGCAAGUUGAGGAUUUGAUGAGCAAGGGGUACGUGAGGGAGAGCAUGAGCCCUUGUGCAGUACCAGUGCUACUAGUGCCAAAGAAGGAUGGGACGUGGAGGUACGUUGUUAGUACAAAGGGUAUUGAGGUGGAUGAAGAGAAAGUCAAGGCCAUCAAGGAGUGGCCAACGCCAAAAAGCAUCACUGAGGUAAGAAGCUUUCAUGGGUUGGCUAGCUUUUAUCGGCGUUUUGUUAAAGACUUCAGCACCAUUGCUGCACCACUCACUGAGGUAAUUAAAAAGAAUGUUGAGUUUCAUUGGGGGGCUAAUCAAGAGAAUGCUUUUGCCACUAUUAAAGAAAGGUUGUGCUCUGCACCUGUGUUAGCAUUACCUGAUUUUAACAAAGCUUUUGAGAUUGAAUGUGAUGCCUCAGGAAUAGGGAUUGGAGCCGUUUUGAUGCAGGAUAGGCGGCCCAUAGCCUUCUUCAGUGAAAAGUUAAGUGGGGCAUCCCUGAAGUACCCUACUUAUGACAAAGAGCUUUAUGCUCUUGUUCGUGCAUUAGAGACUUGGCAGCACUACCUAUGGCCAAGGGAAUUUGUGAUCCACACCGAUCAUGAAUCAUUGAAGCAUCUCAAGGGUCAAGGUAAGUUGAAUAAAAGGCAUGCUAGAUGGAUGGAAUACAUUGAGACCUUUCCCUAUGUCAUCCGUUACAAGCAAGGUAAGGAGAACAUUGUUGCUGAUGCUCUAUCCCGGAGGUAUCAUGAUGGUUAUUUGUUUAAAGAAAGCAAACUUUGUCUGCCAAAUUGUUCUAUGCGUGAGUUAUUGGUGCGUGAGGCACAUGGUGGGGGAUUAAUGGGACACUUUGGUGUCAAGAAAACUUUAGACAUUUUGCAUGAACAUUUCUUUUGGCCUAAGAUGAAGAGAGAUGUUAACCGUAUUUGUGGAAGGUGCAUUACAUGUAGAAAGGCCAAAUCUAAGGUUUUGCCACAUGGGUUGUAUACACCCUUACCCGUUCCUAGUGAGCCAUGGGUAGACAUAUCUAUGGACUUUGUUUUGGGGCUGCCUAGGACCAAAAGGGGUAGAGAUUCUAUUUUUGUUGUUGUGGAUAGAUUCAGUAAGAUGGCACAUUUCAUUCCAUGCCAUAAAACAGAUGAUGCAACAAAUAUAGCUGACUUGUUUUUCAGGGAGAUAGUGCGACUCCAUGGUGUACCUAGGAGUAUUGUUUCUGAUAGGGAUGUUAAAUUCCUUAGCUACUUUUGGAAGGUGUUGUGGGGGAAAUUGGGUACUAAGCUCUUAUUUUCCACUACUUGUCAUCCACAGACUGAUGGUCAGACUGAAGUAGUUAAUAGGACUUUAACUCAGCUUUUACGCACUGUUGUUCAUAAGAAUUUAAAAACUUGGGAGGAUUGUUUGCCAUUUAUAGAGUUUGCAUAUAAUAGGACGAUGCAUACUACUACUUCAUACUCUCCUUUUGAAAUUGUUUAUGGAUUUAAUCCACUUACUCCUUUGGAUUUGAUGCCUUUACCUAUUGAUGACAGGAAUUGGGUUUGGGUUCACAUGCGCAAAGAAAGAUUCCCAGCCCAUAGAAGGACUAAGUUGCAUCCUCGAGGAGAUGGACCUUUCCAAAUUCUUGAGAAAAUUAAUGACAAUGCAUAUAAAGUGGAUCUUCCAGGUGAGUAUAAAGUUUCUGCAACUUUCAAUGUUUCUGAUCUUUCUCCUUUUGAUGUAGGUGAAGAUUCGAGGUCGAAUCCUUUUGAGGAGAGGGGGAAUGAUAGGAACCAAGGUGGGCCUACUCUUAAAGAUCUUUUGCAAGUUCCAGAUGGGCCAAUUACAAGAUCAAGGGCAAAGAAGAUCAAGGAAGCAAUGCAAGGAUUGGUUCAUUUUCUCAGAGAUAUUGUUACAAAGGGUAUUCUAGAGAUUCAGAAGAUUUCUACUACUGAGAAUCCAGCUGAUAUGAUGACAAAGCCAGUUGUAGUGUAA